CUCUUUGUCAUCGGAAGAUCACGAUUUUGACCCGACAGCAGAAAUGCUGGUGCAUGAUUUCGAUGAUGAGCGUACGUUAGAGGAAGAGGAGAUGAGGGAGGGUGGAUCAAGCGGGAGCUUGGAAAUCGCUGAUCUGGAGAAGGAGGGGAGCAUGCCGUUGGAAGAGCUGCUGGCAUUAUACAGAUAUGAAGCUGCAGACAGCGCUGUCGGAGGCUCGAGUGCGGACAGCUCGUCUGUAGAGCUGACCGAUGAGCUGCCCGACAUGACGUUAGAUAAAGAGGAAAUCGCUAAAGAUCUGCUCUCUGGAGACGAUGAAGAAACACAAUCUUCUGCCGAUGACCUCACACCGUCUGUGACGUCACACGAAACCAAUGAUUUCUUCCCCAGAACUCUUCGCUCGAAUGUGGUUUACGAUGGAGACAAAGAAUCUGAGGGCGAGGAUGAUGGUUUGAGUCCUGAAGACUCGCGCAAGGAAAUCAUGGUGGGAUCUGAAUAUCAGGCAGAAAUUCCUGCUCUUACCUGUUAUAAUGACCAGGAAAAAUUGUACACCGAGGAAGAUCAGCUGCUUUGGCAGCCGGACAUGUUGCCCGAGUCAAAAGUCAAAAGCUUCUUGCAGGAUGCUGUGGACGGAAAGAUGGAUGGAGAUGGCAAAUGUUCUCUGGUCAAAGACAACGAGCAGGCGUUAUAUGAGCUUUUGAAGUGUAACUACAACGUCCAUGAAGCUCUUAAACGGUAUCGCAGCAAAGACAAAUCCUCAAAGGACGAGAUGCUCCCGUGGUCUGAAGAAGAAUGCCGAAAUUUUGAACAUGCUCUUCUGUUGUACGAGAAGAACUUCCACCUCGUUCAGAAACACAAAGUAAGACGGUGUCUUUUCUCUUGCAUUUUUGAACGGUUGUCUUAGAUAUUUAAAUGCAGUUUUGAGUCAGUAUUUACAUAAAUCAGAUGUCACUCAUGUUAAUUACAACAUGAAAU